CUUCCUUUCCUCUGCUACCGGCGAGAAUGAAGACCAUUCUCAGCAGCCAGACUGUCGACCUCCCCGACAAUGUCGAGGUGAGGUUAAAGGGGCGAACAGUGACUGUCAAAGGGCCCCGUGGUAAGCUCACCAGGGAGUUCAACCACAUCAACCUGGAGCUCAGCCUGCUGGGCAAGAAACAGAAGAAGCUUCGUGUGGAUAAAUGGUGGGGAAACCGAAAGGAGCUGGCCACAGUUCGUACCAUCUGCAGCCAUGUCCAGAACAUGAUCAAGGGUGUCACCUUGGGUUUCCGGUAUAAAAUGCGCUCCGUGUAUGCCCAUUUCCCCAUCAACGUGGUCAUUCAGGAGAGUGGAUCUCUGGUGGAAAUCAGGAACUUUCUGGGAGAGAAAUACAUCCGUCGUGUCAGGAUGAGGGCUGGUGUGAAUUGUGCCGUUUCAUCUGCCCAGAAGGACGAGCUGGUCCUGGAGGGAAACGACAUUGAGCUGGUUUCUAACUCGGCUGCUCUGAUCCAACAGGCCACCACAGUCAAAAAUAAGGAUAUCAGAAAGUUCUUGGAUGGCAUUUAUGUGUCUGAGAAGGGAACAGUAGUGGAACCAGACCAGUAAAAAUGACAUCUGGUGUAGAGCGGCAUUGAUCCAACAAGCCACCACAGUCAGAAAGAAGGACAUCAGGAAGUUUCUGGAUGGCAUCUAUGUCAGCGAGAAGACCACUGUGGUGGAGCAAGAUAUUGAAUGACUAUUCGCGUGUCCUGAUAACGACCAAUAAAGAUUCUUUUUCAAGUUA